AUAACGUUGCUGAUAAGGUCUGUAGAGUGGCUCGUUCAUUUGUAGUUCAGUUUAACGUUGAACUCAGAAAUAAAUGUCUUUCAGUGUGCUCGUCCUUUUCAUUCGGCCAACGAUACCACUGCGCUUCCAUUGUGACGGAGACUUUAUUUGUAAAAUAUGGCACUGGAGGCCACUGGACGAGGGAGCGUUCGUCUUGGAUCACAUCCCAAUCACACACGGGGCGAUCGAGCUGUACAACUUUUGGACUACGGAACUAUCGAGCCAUUUUUUUGCCGAUUUCGAGACGCAGCGUCGCAACAUACAACAGAUGCAAACCGCACUCACCGUGAUCAGGUCCCCGUUGCGCAGUUUUGUGCUGGAGGACAAUGCUACCUUCUACACGAUAGGUUUGGAGAAAACCCAGCUUGAUGUAAUAUCUUUUGGGACGCGGUGCAAUGUGGAGACUUUAAAGAUAAAUUAUUGCAAACUGAAACAGUUGCCAGAAUCAAUCAGUAACCUGAAGGCGUUGAAAAUUUUUACACUAAGCCAUUCGUUUAUUCAGGUGGUUGAUUUAAAUUUACUAGCUGAAUUGCCCCGUUUAACUUUGCUAGAUUUGAGCAAAAACCGGCUACACACUCUGUACGACUCGAGUGCCGGAACAGCGACACUCUCGUACCCGUUGUUGGCCGAUCUGUACCUAAGGGAAAACAAGCUGAAACAUAUCAACCUGGACGUGUUCCGACCGAUGGAGUCGCUCACUCGAAUCGAUCUAUCCCACAAUCAGAUUAGUGUGGUGUCGGGAUCGUUAGUGUCGGCCAGCUUAAACUUGCUCGAUUUAUCCAACAAUCGGAUAGUGGAGAUGGAUUGCUGUGGAUGGGCUGUUCCAAUGUUGUACGGUAUGGACGCUAACGAUAAUCGGUUGCGCGCAUUGCCAAAGUGUCUGGAGCAAGCUUUCCUGAAUGUGGUUCGUUUGGCGUUUGAUAGCAAUCAACUUCAGCCGGAUGUAAUGUUCCAGUUCGGUCGACUUACGAGCCUGAAGUUCCUAACACUGACGGACAACAAGCUACCAUACGUCACCCUGAACAUGAGUACCAUCCCCAAACAGCUGAGGCAUUUGAAUCUAAGCCAUAACAAAAUAAAACAUCUCGACGUGCCGUAUGCACCAAGCAAGGAUUUCCACAUCGACGUUAGCUCGAACUGUAUUAGCAGUGUAGAUUGGGACAGAGUAUCGGCGAAUCUAACGAAAUUAGGAAUGGGAGAAAAUCCGUUGGACUGUAGCUUUCACAGUAUUUCUACUAGAGCGGACAUUCGAUCGAAGCUGGUGUGUAAAAGGCACAGAAUUGAGCAUUGUGAUUUAUAAUGUACCGAAAGUUCAUUUUAAUAAUGAUGAUCGGUACAUUUAAAGCAAUAAAGUUGAAAACAAUUGAUCACAAAAGGUUUGAAAUGCGGUUAAUUGCACUGCGUAACAGUGCAUAGAGUCGUCUGCAAAAAGGUCACUUGAUAGGGUGCUAAUUUUGGCUGUAGUUAAUGUUAAUGCGUUUGGAUUCGUAUUAAAUGAUGAUGACAUGAGGAUCUUUCGUUAGACUUAUGUGUACCGGCUGAGUUAACCGAUCGUGGUGUAUGCGAACAGCGAUACAAACAAGUAGUAAUAGUUGUGUAAACGUUUGAGCUGUUUUAUCAUGCAUACAGGGUU